UGUUGACGAUGUGCAUUAUGCCAGGAGGAUGGAUUUAAGAGGGCGGAGUGUCAGGUCUUUAUAGCUUGGGUAUAGCUGCAGCGGGGCACAUGGAUACAAGCGGAUACAAAUGCAAAUAAGUAUUUCAUACUGCAUAGUCAGCGGCCACAUGGAGUGCCGAAGUUUGAUAAAAAACGGAUAUAAAACAACAACUAACUGACCGCUAUGUUGUACUGUAUCCGACAUGGAAUUCAUCUUUGUUCCCGCUGUAAAUAACAUAUAUUGGAGUUAGCCGACGCGUGAUUUGAAACAUUUAUUUUUCGAAGGUGACAGGACAUCUGAAGAACUAUAUGAAAACACUUUCUUGUGAAUUUCUAUCACACCGUGAGUCUUUUGCAGCCAAAGUAUAAUUGAUUCUCAGUGAAAUUCUUGAGGUUCGACGAUAAGAGCUAUUAAGCAUCGCCAAGAAACUUCACAUCGGUCUGCAAACGAUGCAGAGGAGACAGGGAUGACAACCUGGUGAAGACAGCGGAUUUAAAAUCCAGUCAUAUAAUCCCUAUGUAAAAAUUGUAUUUUUGUGACAACGGCUUCCAUGGUUAUUUUUCAUGAUCCCAUGUAGCAGAAGAAAACCAAUAGGCUACUAAUACUAUUUUGUUGAUAGGUAACGCUAAAGUCACCGUGCGUUAUUCAGUUAUCUGGAAAGCAAUGUGCAUGUAAACUGCAACUUUUAACAACUAUUUCUACGACUUAAUAUUUACUACAUAUUUCCACGUUUUCAUUUACAUUCUAUAUUCAGAAAUGGUCACCUUUUGCUGAAGGCUGUUCACAUUGGAUUAUAGAAACGGGCAUGACUUUUUGGAACUUAAUAAACUAUCCAUUUGGAUGGUCAGUGGACAUUUGUAAAAAUCCAGAGGUCAGUUUUGAUGCAGCCAAGUCUAUGAUUUGAAUCCCUUUUGACUUAUCCAUUAUCACUAAAUCUAAAUGGAUUUUUUUCAAGAGGCAAACAGAAACAUGUUGCAUCUCCAUGCUCUACAAUCAAUCAUGGUACUUUUAGGGGUAGCAGACUGUCGAGUCUUGGAGGGAUUGCAGAGGUUUUCGUCCAUCCCCACCUACUUGCCUGUCAACUACCAGGUGGUCAACGCAGAGUCUGCCUUCUUCCUGAAGGAGGCCAACCAGGAGUUUAUGAGGAACUCCAGCCUGCUGUCGCGGACAGAGCCCUUCUUCAUUUAUCAGGCCCGCAGCAUGCCCUCAGUAAACGCCAGCUAUGGACCCCUCUCUGUGGAGCAGCCUGUCCCCCCGGAGCUCAUCCAGCACCCUGGAGCCUUUGUGGCGUCCUCCAUGUUCACCUUCAACUGGAAGGUUCAGACCUUCAUCAUUCAGGAAAGGAUCUACCUGGCCAAACCCAGGGUCCAAGUGCUGUUCUAUGUGGCCGGCAGGGACUGGGACGACUACAGCGCCAUCGACAAGCUGCCCUGCGUACGCAUGUUUGCCUUCCAUGAGACCCAGGAGGUGCGUGGCACCUGCCAGCUGAAGGGGGAACUGGGGCUGUGUGUAGCUGAGCUGGAGCCCCUGGCUGGCUGGUUCAGCCCCCCCAGCGUAGUGCCUGGGCGUCAAAGGACCAUAGAGUUGGCCGAGGGAACCACCGUGGAGCUCUACUACAUGUUACAGUCAACAGAGGAAGGGGAGUGCCACUCGGAGGAGGCCCGGAAAGGCAACUCCAUCCGCUCGGAUCAGGAGGGUCUGUUCGGCUCAUCCACCUCCACCCCCAUGAGGAGGAUCGGCAGUGUGCGUCUGUACCAGAUCCCUGCCACUCCUUUCCUGACUGAACACAGGCUGGAUAGUAACUUCCUGGUCAUGGUGCCAGCCAUGCCCAUGAGGCAGAGGGACACUGUCUCUGCCUUCAUCACUGCCUCAGCCUUCUCUCCUGUGGAAAUGUUCACUCUAAGGGUCAAGUUGAAAGAGGGCAUGGUGUUUCUGGGUGCCCGGCCCAGCAACCCCACCCUGUGGAUGGUGAGCCAGGAUGUGAGGAGCGAGGGGCACAGGGUGGUCACCCUCCAUUGCCGCAGGAAAGAGUCCAGCUACGGGCAAAGGUCAGAUGUGGGUUUCCAGAGGGUCCUACAGGUGGAUCUGGAGGUGGACAGCUUCCUGGGUCCACUGGGCAGCCGCUGGAUCACGUGGCAGGUUGAGUACCCGGGCAGCCAUGCCACCAUACAGGAGGCAGAGACAGAGAUCCGGCUUGCCCAGAAAGACCUGGGGGGCAUUGUGCCCCUGGCUAUGGACACAGAGAUCCUGAACACGGCCGUGUUGACAGGGAAGACAGUGGCUGUCCCGGUGAAAGUGGUGACCAUCGGAGCAGACGGCAUGGUCACUGACGUCUCAGAGGCAGUGGACUGUCGCUCCACAGAUGAAGAUGUGGUCAAGGUGUCAGACAGGUGUGACUAUGUGUUUGUGAAUGGGAAGGAGAUGAAGGGCAAGGUGGGGAUGAUGGUGAACUUCACCUACAGCUACCUGAGUGCUCAGCUGGAGAUGAACGUGUGGAUCCCACGGCUGCCCCUCCAGAUCGAGGUAUCUGACACAGAGCUCAGCCAGAUCAAGGGGUGGAGGGUGCCCAUCAUGGCAAGCAGCCAAAGGUCUGCGCGGGACAGUGAUGAUGAGGAUGAUGAAGACCGGAGAGUGAGGAGCUGCACGUUACAGUACCAGAAUGCCAUGGUUCGAGUUUUGACACACUUUGUGGCCGAAUCCACCAACCCACGUGGUCAGCCUGCCUUCAUGCUAGGCAGUGAUUGGCAGGUGGACAUCACUGGGCUGGUGUGGGACUUCCUGAAGGUGGAGAACCCCCAGAUAGCUAAGCUUCAGGACAGACGUAUACUGGUGGGACUGGACAUGGGGAUGACCACCAUCCAGGUGCUGUCCCCCCUGUCUGACUCCAUUCUGGCAGAGAAGACUGUGACGGUGGUAGAUGACAAAGUGACCAUCACAGAACUGGGGGUGCAGUUGGUCACCGGCCUGGCUCUGUCCCUGCAGCUCAGCCCAGGAAGCAACAGGGCCAUCCUCGCCACGGCAACCACACAGGAAGUGCUGCACAGCCCCAAACAGGAGGCCCUGAUCAGCGCGUGGCUACAGUUCAGUGACGGCUCCAUGGCUCCUCUGGACAUGUACAACCCAGACUACUUUGUCCUGACGGCCACGUCUCUGGAUGAGGAGGUGGUGACGGUGCAGCAGGACCCCUCCUGGAAGUGGCCUGUGAUCGUAACCGAGUCAGAGGGCCAGGGCCUGCUGGUCAGGGUGGAGAUGACUGUCUGUGAGCUCUGCCAGAAGUUCAAACGCCGCAGCGUGCUGGCUGCAGGGAACUGCAACGUCAGGGUGAAGUUUGGCCAGAGCGACAGCGGCACCUCCAGGGGCAGUGACUACGGUCCGGAGGGCGAGGAGCUAGAGAACAGGGCCAGCGACCGCAGACAGCAGUCCCCCUCCCAGGACAGGACUGGUCUGGACGGCCACUACUACGGCAGCUCCAUCUCUGACAUGGACAACGGGGUCAUGAGGAGGGUCACCACCACCACGAGUACCAUCGUCCGGAGGCCCAAUGGUGACAAGCUGUCAGAUGAUGGGAACCAGGUCCAGAACAUGCCAGACUUCUCUGAAUUCCCUGCUCAUGUGGACCUCCCUCGCAGCCGCAACAUAGACGAUGAUCUGAUUCAGACAGCCCGGGGCCUCACUGACCUGGAGAUUGGCAUGUACGCCCUGCUGGGGGUCUUCUGCCUGGCCAUCCUGGUCUUCCUCAUCAACUGCAUCUCCUACACCCUCAAGUACCGCCACAAGGAGCUGUCCAUCGAGGGCCAGGAGAGCAUGAACCACGCCCAUGACUGGGUGUGGCUGGGGAACGAGGCGGAGCUGCUGGAGAGUCAAGUUAGUCUGUCCCCCCAGCAGGACGAGCUCACCUCCAUGGUGGACUGCACCGCAGGGUUGGAAGAGGGUAGCCACCUGCUCAACGGGGCUUCUGUCCAUAAGAACGUGCAGGGCCAGGUGCACCGGGCAGCAGACACGGAGGGCUGCACAGCCAAGGACAGCAAAGGAGACUCGCCGACCACAAAGAGGAAGCGUGUGAAGUUCACCACAUUCACUACCAUCCUGCCGGACAAUGGUUGCCCCACUGUCAGCACACUGAGCAUGGGCCACAGCCAGGACAUUAAGUGGGUGUGUCAAGACGUAGAGCUAGGGGACUCCAAGGAGCCCUGGAACUACAUGGAGAGGUUGAAUGACAGUGCUUUAAAAGAGGUGGCGUAGUCUGUGUGCUCAGUGCACUUAUAGCGAACUCACCCUUAUGCCUUUCACAGUGAAGUUGGCCUGGACAGCACCUAAUACUAAACCCUGAGGAGGUUGAAAUCUGGAAAAUGUAUUUAAGGGGACAAAAUAGUAAUGAUACCACACAGGAAUAAUGGCAAAUCAUUAACUUGAAAGAAAUUAGGAUGUCUGUUUAUUUUUUGAUAUUUGUUUCUCUCUUAAUAUCUUCCUACCUUUUUAUCAUUAUUUCAUUAUGGUUAUUUUGUAGGUAGACUUAAAUCAUGUUCCCAGACUAGCUCUGCAUUAUUGACAAAACUAUGAAAUGUUACGCAGAUGAUAUGUAGAUUUAAGAAUGUAACAUGAAUAAAUAUUUAAGAUGUAUAUAAAGUACUCAUAGAAAGGUUUUGGAAGUUUUGUAGCAUUUUGAAUAUUGAUUUCCUAUUCCAUGUCGUUUUUUAUUUAUUCAUUUCUUUAUAAGUGGCUGGCCUCCCAGAAUAGACCAGAGUUAGUCUUCAGAACAUCCUGCAUGUGGUUUGAAAUAAAGGCACAAAUGUUAGGUUCAUCCUCAUCUUUACCAGAAGACACAGAGAAACAGCUAUGUAUAUACUGAACAGUCCUCCUACAAGCCAUUGUAUUGUUGCUCUGUAUAUUGUAUUUUCAUAUCUAUCAUUUAAAGAAUAUUCAACAAUGUAAAGUAUGCGUGUCCACUUCUAUCCACCAACCACAUGGAAAUACAUCAAACAAGCCCACACUAACUUCUCUUUGCUGCCCACUAUCUUCAAUGACUGGAGAUUAGUGCUUUUCCAAGUUAUGUCUUUAUAUAAGCCACACAGUAUAGUUAAUAUGGUGUAGGAGUUGUAAUCGACUACAGUAAUUACCAGUAAUGGAAUCAUUUCACAAAGGCUACAUUUCCUUGGUGAAGAAAACUAUUUACCCAUUAGGCAACUGUAAGUAAUUUGCUGCUCUUCUAUUCUCAGAAUUUAGCCAAACAUACUUAACUCAACUGUAUAUUAGACCAAUCCAUUAA